AUGGACGGUGAAUCUACUUCUUCCAACAAAUUUGUGCCAGAGUACAGACGUACCAACUUCAAAAAUAAAGGUCGGUUUUCUGCCGAUGAGUUGCGUCGUCGCAGAGAUACGCAGCAAGUGGAGCUGAGAAAGGCGAAAAGAGACGAGGCGUUGGCCAAGAGGAGAAAUUUUAAUGCUCCAGCGGACGGUGCGGACUCUGAAGACGAAGAUGAGGCCACGAGUUCUGCUGACCAGCAGUUUUACGCCCAAUUGCAGCAAGAGCUGCCACAAAUGAUCCAGCAGAUCAACUCAGCAGACCUACAGGAACAACUGAACGCCACUGUGAAAUUCCGUCAGAUUUUGUCCCGUGAGCAUCGCCCUCCAAUCGAUGCCGUGAUCCAGUCAGGCGUGGUUCCCAGCUUGGUCAAUUUCAUGAACGAAAACCAGCCAGAAAUGCUUCAAUUGGAGGCUGCCUGGGCCCUCACAAACAUUGCAUCGGGCUCCUCAGACCAGACAAAAGUGGUGGUCGAGGCCGGCGCAGUGCCUCUUUUCAUCCAGCUGCUGUACUCUACCUCAGUCGAGGUCAAAGAACAGGCCAUCUGGGCGCUGGGGAACGUUGCUGGUGACUCGACGGGAUACAGAGACUACGUGCUAAGUUGCGGAGCCAUGCAGCCCAUUUUGGCACUUUUCGACUUGAGCAAAACGUCGCUUAUCAGGACCGCAACUUGGACUUUAUCGAACCUGUGCAGGGGCAAGAAACCACAACCCGACUGGUCGGUAGUAUCUCAAUCGCUGCCAACUCUAGCGAAGCUCAUCUACUCUAUGGACACAGAAACUUUGGUGGACGCCAGUUGGGCCAUUUCGUAUUUGUCUGAUGGGCCUGCCAAUAACAUCCAAGCCGUCAUCGACGCCAGAAUUCCUAAAAGGCUUGUUGAGCUUUUGAACCAUCAGUCUACUCUGGUUCAGACUCCAGCUCUCAGAGCCGUGGGUAACAUUGUAACCGGAAACGACUUGCAAACCCAGGUAGUCAUCAACAGCGGUGUUCUGGGUGCAUUGAGAAACUUGCUCACAUCUACCAAAGAAUCCAUCCGUAAGGAAGCGUGCUGGACCAUCUCGAACAUCACUGCCGGUAACACGGACCAGAUUCAAGCUGCUAUCGACGCCAAUUUGAUACCCCCUCUAGUCAAGCUUUUGGACGUUGCUGACUACAAGACCAAGAAAGAGGCCUGCUGGGCCAUUUCUAAUGCAUCUUCUGGUGGCCUGCAGAAGCCCGAGAUUAUCAGAUACCUGGUGUCGCAGGGCUGUAUAAAGCCUCUCUGCGACUUGCUAGACAUUGCCGAUAACAGAAUCAUCGAAGUCACGCUGGACGCCUUGGAAAACAUAUUGAAGAUGGGUGAAGCCGACAAGGAAGCUCGUGGUUUGCAUAUCAACGAAAAUGCUGACUACAUAGAGCGUGCUGGCGGCGUCGAAAAGAUCUUCAAGUGUCAGCAAAACGAAAACGAAAAGAUUUACGAAAAGGCAUUCAACAUCAUCGAGCAAUAUUUCGGGGAGGACGACGACGCACUGGAUGAGAGCAUGGUUCCACAGAGCGCAGGCAACACUUUUGGAUUCGGUUCCAAUGUCAACCAGCAGUUCAACUUCAACUAA